UAAAGCUAGAGUUCUUGAGAACCAAUGUCGAACAUUACCACUGUUUUAGUGUAUCGAACAUUAGAUAGUUAAAGGAGCAUCCGAGAAAAUACUGCAGGUUCUGACACGUAAACUACAACUGUUUGAAUUUGGUGUGGGAAUAGAAAAUGUUGAAGACAAGUGAUAGUUUAGCAAGGAGGUUGAUUGGGAGUUCAAUUGUUUACAUGCGUAGAUUUCUGUUCCGAAUUUUAUCUGUAGGUCCAAUACCAAACCACAUCGCCUUUAUUAUGGAUGGGAAUCGGAGGUAUGCUAAGAAACGGAAUAUAGCGGAGGCUACUGGAUACAGAGCUGGUUUUUUGGCUGUCAUGUGCAUGCUCAAGUAUUGCUACGAAUUGGGAGUUAAAUACAUGACUAUAUAUGCAUUCAGUAUCGAUAAUUUCAGAAGAAGACCGGAGGAAGUUCAGUACUUGAUGGACUUAAUGCUGGAGAAAAUUGAAGGAUUAAUCAAACAAGAAAGCAUUGUCAAUGGAUAUGGAGUGAGGAUACAUUUCGUAGGGAACCUGAAGCUUCUUAACGAGCGAGUUAGAGUUGCAGCUGAGAAGGCGAUGCAAGCCACUGCCAACAACACCAAUAGCACUCUCUUAAUCUGUGUGGCCUACACUUCUACUGAUGAGAUUUUGCACGCCGUUCAAUCAUCCUGCCUAGAGAAAUGGAAUGAAAUCCAAGAACUUGACGCGAACCAAGCUCAAAAUGGUGAAAUAACUGAAGAAAAACUGGAGCUAAAUCAUAUCAUAAAGCUGGUAGAUAUAGAGAGGCAUGCAUACAUGGGAUUGGCACCUGAUCCUGAUGUUCUGAUUCGAACUUCGGGUGAGACUCGUCUUAGCAAUUUCCUUCUUUGGCAGACUACAAGCUGUUUACUGUAUUCCCCAAAGGUAUUGUUUCCUGAGAUUGGUUUACGACACUUGGUAUCGGCAGUCUUGAAUUUCCAGCGACUGUAUCCUCAUUUGGAGAAGGAAAAGAAGCAGUUGUAAAAAUCACUGCUAUUUUACCUUUAUUAGUCUUUUACA